GGUCGAUAGUAAAUGCAACAUAGACAUAGACAUAGUAGAGCAACUGUUUGCAUUAUUUGCACCAUCUUGUCCUCCUGCCUUUGUUUGUAAAAGCGGUCGGCGCAAGUGCAGCAAUUUUUAGACCCCUAGUAUAAUUCGCUGUAGUGUGUGGCUCCUGGUUCUUUUCAGUGUCGUGCGUCUGGUCUGUCCAGAGGACGAUGACGCGCCGGCGCCGAAGUCAUUUGCACAAAAGAACAGAGAAUGAGGGCCCUCCGAGCAGAUAUUAGCACUACUAGCAGCGGCCACUUCUUAUCACACGAUGGUAAAACUAAAAAGUCUAGCAGCGGGCGCCAUGUUCUUGACACGCGGGUCUUCAUUUCCGGUGCGAAACCUUGGACCAGCAGUCUCCCGCGGGGUGGUAGGCUUCUUUUGUCACUCACGACCGCCGGAGCGCUUUUCUUCUCAGACGAGGAUGCGGAGAGCGGGUGUUAUUUCGGAAGCGGUCAAGAAUCAGAACCGCCUAAAACUAAAACACCUAGACGACGAGGAGCUGACAUGGUGUUCCAUUUCGCACAUGCCGCAAUUUUAACAUCCUCGGCACGCGGCUCAGAAAAAGUGCACGACUACCCGAGUGGAGGUAAUGGUGAUAAAGGCGGAGAUGAUACAGCAACCGGCAGUGCAAGAACUAGAGCUGUUUUUUCCAGAUCAACCCAGCAGGAGUCACCUCAGCAGGGUGCCGACGCAAGCGCCAAGUGCUGCUGGGAAGAAGCGCAAACAACUGCUGGGAGUGCGGCGACUGAAAAGAUGAACCCGACGCAGUUGCUAAGCGAGGAUCUUCGGGAGCACCAUCACCAAGCGGAUAAAAUUGAAAAUUCGCAUGCCCGAGCAAAUUGGUCAGAAAAAACCUACCCCAGGAGCUGUUUGAAAGAACACAAGAAUGCAGAACCAGCCGUUACUUCGUCCACCAGCAAGAACAGCACCUCCACCACGACCGCGUCCCGCACAACUCUGGCAGCUCUGAAAAAGGAAAUAACUUUCGUGCGCAUCGGAACGCAGGUCGAGAUUCUGGGCAGCAACAAUACUCUGCAGUUUCGCGAACUGCCGGACUACAGUCCUGCAGAAGACUCCGCUCCUCGGCGGGGCGUUGGGCGGCGGAACAAAAGAAGCGGUAACUCUAAGCGAUCCUCGUCUUCUGGAGCGCGUAGUGGAACAACGACUCGCUGUGAGGAAACAUCCAGUUCGUCUUCUUCUUCAUCCUCAACUACGUCAUCCUCGGAGGAGGACGAGGAGAGCAGCGACGAAACCAGCUCGGAGUCGGACGACGGUGAUUAUCAAAUGCAAAAAUGUCUGGGUCUGGAAGGUUGCCAGGUUUGUCAUGCAUAUUUUGCAUGACCCAUGAUCAUGAUGCUUGUAAAGCAUGGUCUAGCAUCACAGACUUUUGGAGGGCAUCCUGUUCCUGAUGCCUAUUCCGCAUGAGAAAUGCCCUUCCGGCGUAGCACAAAGUGAGUUCCUCUUCCUGGUCAUGCAAUACAAAUGUUCCUAGGAUCCGAAGAUAGCAUCACAAGUUGAAACCUUCCAGACGCAGGCGUUUUUGCACUUGAUAGUGAUAGCAUCUCAUCCAACUCGACGUCGAGCGAUCAUUCUGAGUCGACGACCUCAGGCGGGCGUGAUAAUGUCCUACCGAAGAACUCGACUUGUAUUUCUGCGCCCUCUGCAGCUGGUGCUGGAACAGGACCCGGAUCAACAUCCAGCUCUUGUACGUCUCCUAGAGAUGCAGCGCAGCAGAAUUUGUAUUUGCCAGGGAACAAGGAGCAUGUGCAUGCAGCUCAAGGACGAGCACAGAGAACCUCCGUCGUGCAGAGUUCUUCUACACCUCUUGCGCAGCUGCAGGGGACUUUCACCACGGCGGAGGUAAAACCAGCUGAGGCAGAAGGGCGGGAACUACAAACCAGUCCAGUGUUCGAUGACGCCGAUCGCUCGGACCCACAGCCACACAGCAGCACUCGUGAGGAUCUUCGUGCUGAUCGACGUGGGUCCCACCGAAGUUCACGUGGCUCCACCGCCCUUCGCCCGUCUUCAGCAUUGUUGGAUCAUAAGUCGCAAAAAGCAGGGAGCAGUAGCAAGACUUCCGGCAACUCGGGUCAGCGCUGCAACACACCGCAUCCUGGAGGCCGGGUAGUUGACAGGAGUGGUAGGAAGAUGAAAGACGAUGCUGCAGCUAGUAGUAGUGGAGUGCCUGCCUCUGCUGAGAGCGUCGAGUUUCUGGUGCGCGAUGCAGCUGGAAAUGCACGACACCCAUACGAAGGCUCGACACCUUUACAAAAUGAAAAUGCGUCGGCAACUUAUGCUGGAACUGAAUUCAUGCUGCAGGGAUCUUACGUGCCACAGGAACCGCUCCCGAUCCCCAUGCCCGGUGAGAAAGGUGUUGGUGCUAGUGCUGCUGGCAUGAUCUCAAAUGAGGUCGGUUGCUCUGGCCUGAUUGCUGACGUUCUCGUACGACCAUCUCCGCCCAAAGCGCCGCCCCGCGGUAGGCCACCGCGCGCUAGAAGUCGGGAAAGAAGGAGGACGUUGCCAGUCACUAGCACAACCAUGGGCGGACCUGCGGGAGAGGACGGGGUUCCUUACCAUCCUCCGGGUACCGACGAGAGGCAAAUCGGCUCUACUACAGGAGAAGCUCCUAAUAUGACUUCUCAACCAUUUCCGAUGCCCGACGAGCUAGAGCCGCCCCCUACCAGACCUUCAUCAAAGACGCUGGUGGGCGAGGAGCGCUCGACCCUCAUUCGCCAGGGCAGUCACAAAAAUGACAAAAGCGGCAUAACAACGCAGCCGCCUUUGGUACUACCACAAAUGGCCGGGAACAAAUCGAAAAAUAAAGCUGUGAAGAAAGGCACGAAACAAGAUGAGCACCGCGCAACGACAGAGGCGCGCCAAAAACAACCGAAAUCAGGUGGGGCAGCCUCUUCAAAGCGUCGAGAGGGCCCGUUGCUAGCACCGGGAAGAAGUCGUCGCGAUCACACUGCUCGCAAUGAUGACGAUGAUGACGAGCUCCUGGAAAACUUACCCAGGUUUCCGUGGUUAAAUAGCCUUUGUAGCACUACGCAAGAGGGCGUUCUUGCAGUGUCCCGUGGCGCUAUGGGCAAUCUCGAGCGGUUUGCGACCGCCGGCUUGGGUCGUCGCGUCCAUGCAAGCGGUGCGUCUGUUCCGAGUUGGCUUUCAUUUAGGCGCGGAUUAGCUAGUGAGGACGCAAGUUCGACUACUUCUCUAGAAGGGCAAAGUCAUCUACAACUUCGAGAACGGAGUUGUAGUUCCAAAGACCACGGCCUUCACUUGGACGGCCACGGAGCUCCUGCCGCCCCCGAUGCUGGCGAGGACAUGGAUGUGGAUGAUGAUGAGCCCGUCGUGAAUAACAAGUUCACGAAGGCUGCGAUUGAACGAAAUUUCCAGCAGCGCCGAGGUGGAAAGAGCCAUAGCAAGCCGGGCGGCCAGAAAAGCAAGAAGGCCCUGAAACGCGAAAGGCACAGAAGAGACAGCGAAGACAGCACGACACAGGAACAACUACUUCAUCACGCUGGAGGAGCUGCUGAUGGGGGCCCAAGAGCGACCUCUCUUCGAGGUGGCGGAAAAAUGUUGAAAGGCGCAAACAAGCGACCACCAAAGAUGAAAACUACCUCUUUUCGCCGGAAGUUCAGCUACGUGGCCAUAAGCCUUGCGUGUUCCACGGUCGCCGUGGCUCGCUUGAUUCACUUCUUUUACGACCUGGGCAAAGCCACCGCGUUCGAAAGUCUGUACGACCUGGGUCAAGCUGUCGCGGACGGAUCCAUCUGGAGUCGGAAGUCGCUCUUCGAAACAACUGCGAGGACCGGGGCUGGUGGAUCUUCAGACUCGGACAACUGGCGAAAUCUCAAAAACGAGCUCUUUCCAACCUUCGAUUGGACCGCGGCAUUGAGCAAAGAGGAGAAAGCCGCUCUAUCUGACGUGCUGGUCGUCUUCGCGAGCGCGUACCAGCCCAAAGUCAGAGACACUGCUACGGCCGGCGCUGCUCGUCGUGGGGGGUCUAGUAACCUCUACGCGCCGGAUGAUCAUGACAAAACCGGAGAGGACCCGGAGGCGUGGAAGCUGAUCAGUCAUGCCUACGAGCGGGCACAGGGCCUGCGGGAGAAGAAGGUCGCACUGAUCACGAACCGCAAGGAGUGGCCCGACGCGAAGGCGGCCCUGGCGGGGGCUGGGUACGCCCGGCUUGUCGCGCGAAACCUGGUGGACGGAAUGGUGGUCGCUGACAUGUCGGCGCACGCCGCGUACCUAGGUCCGAAGACGAUGGAACUCAGGCAGAAGGACACGUUUAUAGUACACGACGAGCCCGAAGGUAGAAGUGCUGGUGGUCAGAUGCAAACUAUCUCCAAACAAGCUGCAAAAAUGUUGCUCGAGAACAGCAAGAUGAUGAGAAGCGCUUCGGUAGAUGAGAAAGAACAGGUUUGCAUGAGCUCUAUCGCACCGGCGCUAUCUUCGGGCACCCCGCCGAACGAACAAGCAGGAGCGAUUACCGCAGCAUCUUCAUGUAGUUCAUCAGCAUCAUCGUCUAGCUCCGCAAGCAGCGGCCAUCGAAGUGCCGAUACCGUUUCCCGCGAAGAUGUUUCAAAAUCUGCCGGUGCGACGUCAGCAGCCCUGGAAGUAGGGCCAGAGGACAAGAAAGAAAUUCUGCAGGUUGCGAUGGACAUCGCGAACCUUUUCGAAGGGGUUGUGGACAAAAUGCAGCGCUUGUCGCUGAAUAGUGGAGUAGCACGUGGUGGACCAAGUAGCAAAAGCGAGGAACAACAGGGACGACCCGGGGUGUUGAAAAGCGAAUCUCAAUCUUCAAAGAACCAAGGCGACGAGAAGAACAAGCCCGUUCUGGACGUUUACGUGGACGAAAACGGAAACGAAAUCACUCCCAACGCGAUACUUGCCAAGUCGAAAAUUACUGACACUACUACAGACGAAAUAAAUCUCAUCCGUCCCUUCACGAGGACUUCUCAGCCGAGCGACGAGAAACAAGAAGCUCAAGAACAGCAUAGUCAACAAAGUAGAAGCCGCAAGGACACGGACUACGGCUGGAUUCUGCAUCCGCAGACCUACAACGCAGAAACUGGCCAGGCGAAGUGGCAUUUCAUUGACGUGGCCGCGGAUGUGUCCUGGCACCCGCACCACGGAGACCAGCUGAAGAACUGGCGGGAACAGGGACCGGACAUCGGGAAUGUGAUGCCUGGCGCGUCGCACGGGUUGCUGGCGAACAGAAAGCAUGGGCUUAUUGGUCCGGAGGAGUUCCAUGUGGUGGUUUUUGACCGCAUCCGGGAAGUUUUUCUCGCGGUGAAAGAGGCAAACCAACUGCAGAUCUCCAACCAGAUCGCGGACUCCCUCGUCGCCAUGGUGGACUUCGAGUUUCUGGGCAUCCAGGCGAGAGACGGGAAGGCAAGUACAAGUGGUGCGGGUCCACCUCGUGGGGAGCCUCUGCAGCAGCGACCGUCGUUGCAAGAGGUACUAGCUCUUGUGUAAAGAAGUAGAUGCAGUACAGCUGGUUUUACGCAAGUUUAUGUCUGAUGUUCCAUGUUACUUUCUGUUUCAUCUACAUCUUCUGCACGCUGGCUGCAAACUCUUUUAUAAGAAGAUCUUCAGCUCCCCCUUUCUCAGGACGAGGACGAGGUCGUGCACAUAGUAGCUUAACAACAUCUACAUCAUCUUCCCAAUCGAUAAAAACAGCUUGCUACAGAGACCGAGCGCAUUCUGGCAGCCACCCCCGCCGACCGCUCGGACCCGGUCCACCGGAAGCGCGAGUCGCAAAUCGACCUCCUGACCGAAACGUACCUGCGAAAGCUCCGUCAGCACUGCCCUAUGAACUGCAAAAGUAUUGUACUCGUAGUAAUUGCAGUCAUGCAAGACAAAUUUCAUUUCCAAGCUAAAUCACCAUGACAUAUUCCGUUUGUCAUGCUGAGCUAGUUUGUGUUGCAAUACUACGAGUACGAUACUUUUGCAAUGCAUAUGCCCACGAAAGCUACAACUCUCUCAUUUCCAGCGAGCGGCCCGGGCCCCGAGCGUGGACGAUUUGUUGCGAAUCAUCACGGAAUCGUGCUACGAAGCGAAAAGCGUUUACAGCAAGAAUGUGGAGAAGAAAAGGCAGAAAAAGCAAAAAGAAAAGGAAAAAAACCUGCCUUUAAUCGACUACCGGGCGAGUGAAGACAGUGAAUUUCUCGAGAUCGAGCAGGACGAAGCGAACAAGUACGGGUUGUUAACCGACUUUGACAAGUACAACAGCCGCAAGGAAUCCGACCAGAGACACGCAGAUCUACUCAAGGCGCGCUUCUUUUGCCCCUUGAACUGGGACCACACGCGGUGGCUGUUGCAGUGGUCGAACAAGUUUUACAAAACGUGGAAGACAGAUAGUCCGGAAAAGUAUCAGCGCGUGCGGGAGAAAUUUUUGAACUACGUGCAAGAAAAAGAGGCGGAAUUGGCGCGGAAAGAGUCUCGCAGCAUCGCGAUGCAGCACGAGAAGCCCUCCUGGUUUUCCAAAUACGGCCACAUCGCGCAAGUGGAUCCGUUUUCGCUUUUCACCACGCCAAGCCACGCUACGGGACGCCCUUAUGCCAUUCCGAAGAUCAGCAGCAACCCGCCGCCGGGCUGGGUGCCGCCGCCGGGGAGUGCAAGUGGGGAUAGUAGCAAGUCGAAAGCUAGUUCUGUGGACGAUGGCCAGCAUAAAGCACCAGAAGACGUCAAGCAGGAAGUAGAGAAACAAGACGACAAGACCAAGGCACGACCAGGAGCUACAACGACCUCUCCUACUCCCCCCUCCUGCGCCACUACCGUUACCAAUGUGUUUCUGAAGGGUCUCCCGUCUUUUAUCCCGGAGUUUGCGCCGAAAAUCCGAGACGGAAAGAUUCUCGACUACGAGUACGACUUGCAAGUGUGGCUGAAGGCGUUUGAGGCACCUAUGGUCGAGCUGCGGGAGCGGAUUUUGGACUUGCUGUUCUUGCCAGUAGAGAGAGAUAAUCAACAACAUCAUGUGAAAAAUUCUGGAGUUGACCCAUUCGGCGGCGACAAUAUCAAUGCGAGAAGAAGCACAACCGCACAGCAGAAAGACCCGGAAGAACAUCAAACAGAGCGGAUUCGAGACAUGUGGCGGCAAAUGCUUUCUGUCAAUGCGUAUCAAAAGCUGGUUUUUUGGCACAAGGCGAUUUCGCAGCUCUGGUUCCGAAACAGCAAGUGCUUUUCGGUUGCUGGGUUUCGCAGGGUGUUUCUGACGGUGGCGCACUCCGCGAUGCCCGAAGUAGUGCAGGUGCACUACGUGAAAGGUGGACAACAAGGAUCUACUUCCCGCACGGCAACGAAGCGCAGCGCAACACCGGAGCCCGCCCCUACAGGCGGCCAGCGAGAUGAGGAGGAAAGCAGCGGCGAUUCCACCUCCAUCUUCGGAUCCUGGAGACGCAGAAGAGAAACUGCUGCUCGAGCAGAAAACGAAAAUCGAAAGAACAACCACCAAGGUGGAAAAAGUACAAUUUCUAAGCCAUCCUUCGAUAAAGUCCACUCCUGUCUUGCCGAGCACGCGUACAAGGACGGGUCCGUGCCCCGCGACCGUUUCAUUCGGCUUCCCGUGCAGCAAAUCAUGCACCAGAAGAUCCAAAACCCCACGGACUUUGUGAUGCUGCACAGCGAUCGGAAAGACUACAUUCUGUUACCCUCCCGGAACCGAAAAGUCAGCAUCACAAACGAUAUCAAGACGCCGAACAUGGACGACACGAACUUUCUGAGGAUCUACCUCCCGGAGUACCUAGUCGACGGCCCGCUGCAAAAGCCUGACUUACUCGCGGUCUUGGGACUCUGUGACGGCAGGCAGGGGGUGCUGGGAAAUUUAAACGCACACAGGUUGGAGGUGAAGGCGUAUUCAUCGAGUGGGUCGUUCGCGUCAUCGACUUCUGGGGCUGAGCUGUUGAAAAAGUUGAAAAACGUGGCGAAGAGCGAGAUGACCUGUGUGGGGAAACUGCCGACGGAAUUGGGUGGAGGUUCUUGCAGCAGUGGCGGAGGAGCGAAAGGCAAAGCGAAUCCAAAAAAUAUUCAUAUUGAUGAUGAUCUAUGCAGCUCAGCUCCCCACGAGAAAAACAAGGUGGAAAUGUACGCCCGACCCUGGCGGAGCUACGACGCUUCGCAGAUAAAAAACCACGGGAUCUCCGCUUCCGGGGACGAAAUUCACGAAGACCAUGGUACUGUGGAGAGCUCCAGCGUCGUUGCCGUGACGAACACGAGAACUGACUCGGAGUGGGUGUCUAUCCAAGGCAAAAGUAUUCACAUACCCGUACUAGCUGUAGUCGCAAUACUGCAUGAUAAAUCUACGUUUCUUGGCUGAAACAGCAUCACAAAUUCCAUCUUUCUAUCUGAGAUGAAGAUUUGUGAUGCAAUUACGACUAGCACGAUAGCAGGACGAGACUUUUGCAAUGCAUAGUGUUACUUUACGAGCAGUUCCCUGACGUCUGCGACCGGGACGAAACGAUAUGGUUUUCAAAAAUGUCUGGGUCUGGAAGAAUGCAAGAUUUGUCAUGCAUACUGCUCAUGACCCAUGAUGCCUGUAAUGCAUGACCUAGCAUCGCAGACUAGACUUUUAGAGGGCUUCCUGAUGCACCUUCCGCAUGAGAAAUGCCCUGUCCGUGCAGCACAAAUUGUGCCCCUCUUGCUGGUCAUGCAAUGCAAAUUUUUUUAGAGUCCAAAAACAGCAUGGCAAGUUGCAAUCUUCCAGACCCAGACACUUUUGCAUUUGAUAAACGACUAUCGGCGACGAUCCGCUGGCCGGCACGAGUCAUUUGCUCGUGGGCGAGGCCCACGCGGACAGAGUGCGGUGGGUCGUGGAGCAUUUGCGAGCACAGGAUGUAGUUGAUGGUGACUCUGACAUCAAGCAGGGGUCCGCUCAACAUACGUCGGCGUCAACAAAGCAGGGAAAUUCAGCAGAAACAAAAGCAGAAGAUACGGAAAGUAAAACAGGGGAUCACUCCGAUUUCGUUCCGCCCGCAGACUUCGUUUUCGACCACGCGACGUAUCUGAAGCGGCACGUGUGGCAGAAGACCCGCACCGAAGUUACUCCACAGCCGGAGUUUGCAAUGUUUCAGAAACCCGUAGCACCGGCAGGCAGGACUUCUACCAGGGAUCAUCAUGAAGAUCAUGCAGGGGGCAGUGGUCGUGAGAAAACAUCAACCGGUCGUCCUCGAGAUGACCAACACGAUGAACAAAAACCGCCCUUCGCCCAGCCGCUCCCAACUAGCUCGGACUACGCGAAUUCCCUCAUCGUUCCCGAACUCAGCCCCUACGGAUUUCGGUGGCUUUUACUCGAAGCGAGCGUGGCAAAAGUCGGCGCAACGUCUACCUACGAGCAGAUGCUGCAAGACGUCGAAGAUCCUGGAAACAAAACGAGCGUAGAAGAGAAAACCCAUGAUCUCCCGACAGGCAGCACAGCAACCGACAGUGAGAUGUUUCUACGCCAACUGCCUGAAGGCCAGAAAGUACAGGCGGAGUGGGAGCUGGAGCAGGUGAAAAAUUUGGAGAACAACGACCAGAUUUUCCAGCUGCAAUCUGAAACCCUCCGCUGGGUGUUUCUGUUCUCUCUGGAAUUAGCAGCCGUUCUCGACUCCGAUUCGCCUUCCGGAGGGAAUAGUGGGUGGAACUCGAAGAGUAGCUCCGACGCGAAUUUUCUUGUGUUUGACGAUGUCUUCAAGUUCGUAUGCAAGAAAAAAACUGUGUUAGUGUAAGUCUUUUGGGAAAACAGCAUCACAAGUUUGUCUGCUAUGACAGGCCAAACUUGUUAUGCGCAGACACGAAGGGAAAAUACAUAGGAAGCGAGCCGAUCAUGCAUGUCGAGCAUCACAAGUGUAACUGUAACUGUUUUGCAUUUUCUGCAUCACAGAUUUACGCUUACACAGUUUUUUUUUUUGCAUAGUUCGCGAUGGCGCACUACUACGGGUCCAUGGACGAAAUGAUCCGGCGUCACGCGGAAAUGGUGAAAGCGGACCCGCAGAUGAAGGAAUCCGGUUUAUUAGACUACAAGUUCAUCGCCGACCCCUGGAGCAACGCGAUGAGGAUGAAUUUACAGAUGGGAAUUAUAAGCGACGGCGCAACUGGUGCGGGCAGUAUGCCGGCAAAUGGGAAGUGGAGAAACAUGUUUCACACGCUGCUAUAUCAACUGCAAAAAUGUCUGGGUCUGGGAGAUUGCAACUUGUCAUGCUGUUUUUGGACUCUAAAAAAACUUGUAUUGCAUGACCAGCAAGAGGGGUGUAAUUUGUGCUACACGGACAGGGUAUUUCUCAUGCGGAAGGAGGUGCAUCAGGAAGCCCUCUAAAAGUCUGCGAUGCUAGGUCAUGCAUUACAGGCAUCAUGGGACAUGAGAAAUAUGCAUGACAAGUCUUGCACUCUUCCCGACCCAGACACUUUUCCAUUUGAUAUGCUAUGCGCGCAAGCGGCUUUGCACGCAACCAUCGCGGUGCAGAACCACGCGAGGCCGAACCUGUUUCUCAUGGACUUCUACGGAUUGUUAACCGGCAGCGCGUCGAAAAUGGAUGUGGAUGUUGAAGAUGGGGGAGAAGCGGGUGCUUUUGGGCGGGAUCAAAACAGUGGACCACGAACUGACAGUGCUAGUGCCAAGACGAAAAAAACAACAAGCAACGCGGAACAAAAGGAGAAAGAGCAAGACAGUAGAACUUCUUCCACGCAGGAGGACCAGGACGUCUUCUAUGCCAAGGAAACAACUUCUGCGGGUGGCGUGUUCUAUGCGAAGCAAAGUUCUAUUUCCCCAGGUGGGAACAAUGCUGACCACACCGUCGCUGAUCCACCACCACACGUGCCCCUCGCACCACCCAAUAUUGAGAUGUACAGGAGCGAAAAGGAUGUGCUGAUCCAGCGGCAAAUGCAGGAAAUGUUCCAAACCGGCACCUCCACGAACACAAAUAGCCGGGGGUCGUGCAGCAAGUGCAGAGGGAUAAAGGGUACUAGACAAGGCAGUGACCACGCUCAUGGUCGCGGCCCUGGUGGUGUUCUCCCCUCAGCGUCCUCGUGGUCUGCUGCUUCCGCGGGAGGAGAAUCGUCGAUAAUGAUCUCUUCCGCCGAGGGUUUAGCCCGUUUGAAACAGGAAGCUGCACUCUCGCAGUACGACAACGCUGGAGCAGAUGCAGAAAGAAGACAAAUAUUAAACCAGCAGGAACAGCAGCAGCAGCCCGCCCAACAGGCUACUUUUCACUAUGACGAAAGAAGCCCCCUCCCCCAGCUCGGCGGCGCGCAGCUGAUUUGGUCUGCGAUGGUGCGGCAGGUGGACACCGUGUAUGCUGUGCAAAAGUAUCGUACUCGUAGUAAUCGCAGUCUUGCAUUUACAAAUCUCUUUCGCAAGGUGAAUCAGCAUGAGAAAUUCCAUUUCUCAUGCUCAGGACAUUUCUCAUGCGAUUUCUACUAGUACUACGAUACUUUUGCAAUGCAUACCGUGGACACCAACACGAUCUUGAACAUUUUUGAGCAUAUGGCGUUCUCAAACGUUACAUUCUCAACUGUUACAUGAAUUUGUGAUGCAAAAAUGGCAAAAGUGAAAGGAAGGACCUUGCGCGUCUUGCAUGACAGAUUUGGCGCAGAUUCUCAGCCUGUUUGGCCGUCUGAGAAUUUGUCAUGCGAAGCAGCUUGAUGGCGUUGAUAGUCAAGGUAAUUCCGCAUGACAAAUGCAUGAUGGGCUUUAGUCGCGCAGUCUGUUAAGCAUGACAAAUCAUGUAACAGUUGAGAAUGUAACAGUUGAGAGCGCCAUAGAGCAGGAAUACCAAGUCGAGCCGGUCUAUGGGGGUGUCAGGAUUGAAAUCGACAAAGUUGAAAUAACUUGUAACGCAUAAAAUGGAUGAAAUAAGUUAAGUUGUACCCAGUUUCCAAGUGGCGCAUGACAAAUUUGGCUAGAACCGAAAUCCAAUUUGUCAUGCUGUUUGGGGACAAGAGGUGUCUUUUGUCGUGCUACUUUAGCAGCUCUAUUGCAGACCCCGAGCCGGCUGACAGUCUGCCUCACUUGCCAUCCCUGCAAGAGAGGCACUUCAUGCCUUGCAAUUUAUGCAUGAGAAAUUAUUUCAACUCUCACUUUGUCGAUUUCAAUCCUGACACGUCUAUACGGUCGGUUCCGCGUGGGAGAUCCGCGCCAGUCUGGCAUCGUGGCGAACGGUUUCGGGUUUGGACAAAGUGCCGACCGUGCGAAGUUCCAGUGCGCAAGACAUGCAGACGACGGUGGACUUCUGGUGGGAUAUGGAACUGUCAGGAUUGAAAUCGUCAGAGUUGAAAUAGUUUGUCAUGCAUAAAAUGCAACGCGAAAAUGCCUGUCUUGCAGAGUAGGCAAGGGAGGCAGAUUGUAAGCCUGUUUCGGGGUAGAAAUAGAGCUCCUAAAGUAGCAUGACAAAAGGCGUCUUCCUUACCCAAACAGCAUUACAAACUGGAUUUCGGCUCUACUGAAAUUUGUCAUGCGCCGCUAAGAAAUUGGGCUUCCAACUGGUAUCGAUUUUAUGCAUUGCAAGUUUUUCAACUUUGUCGAUUUCAACUCUGACACAUCCAUAUGGGACUUUCAGCAGGUAAUGCGCGUGAUCAUGUUCGAUUACAUUGUGCAGACGGAAGGAAUAACGGGAAAGAAGAACACUGCUGGUGGUGCCCCCGGACCUGCUGCAAAUAAAAAAUCCACUUCAAAUUAUAGACACGAAGUCCCGACUUCCCUCACCGCCAACGCUGCCGCAAGGCACACCGCAACGAGCAACAUAAACCGGGUGAAGCAGCGUCUCGACGGCCGCGGGGAUGAUGAAACCGCGAAAGCGCGACUCCGAAGGCCCGUCGCACACUGGCCCGGCGGGAAGGACUGGCCCUACUCCCGACAGGCCCAGGACAGUCGCUCCCACAUGUCGCGGCCGACUUUCUUCACGGCAACGGCGAAAACGGGAACGGAGCCGGUCCCCGGCCCGGACAUCUCCGACUUUUACAGCAAGGGCCGGCUGGUGUUGCAAAUCGCGCCAUACGAAUUCGGGUUCUUGUUGCAGACCGGCACGCGGAUUGUGCACUACGCGAACUUUUUCUACGACGUCAUGCGGGAUUGUGGGUUGCAAACCUUCCCCGCCGGGCCCUUCAACAUCAAACCGGGUCGGGCGAGAAAGAGUGCAACUAAGGCGGCGACGAACAAGGGGGUUCAGCAGCACGACGAAGCACACGACGAGGAGAAAACGUCCAAUGGCGAAGAUCAUAGCGAUUCUGAUUCAAACAGCCAACAGCAGGCAAACGCAAAGACUAAGACAUCAAGCAAAACUGUUAAAAAUAACCGAAGAACAACUACAUCCGCCGAGGGCUGGGAGUUGGAAAACCUCGCCGUAGCGAGCGAGAAUCCUCCGAAAACGGCUAGAGGUGCAGACAUGGACUUCUGGUACCGGAGCACGCGAAAGGCGAACUUUCUGUUCCAGAAUAUGAUCCUCCUAUGAGAGUGCACAACUCCCCCUCCCCCUCAUUUGUGUUGCAUGAACAGCAACGCAAGCGCUGGCAAAGAUGCUGCUUUUGCAUAACAAAUUGUUCCUGGGUGAUUGUAGUGCUGUUUUGGCUUUCGGAAUCUGUCAUGCAAAGAGUGCUAACAGGCAGAAGGUAGAUUUGGGAUUUUGCAUGACAAAUGAGGGGGAGGCGGAGUUGUGCACUGUCAUACCUCCCCAUCAUCCCGCACUUCUCCGUGGACAUCCGCAGGAUCUUCAAAGACUACUUGGUCGAUGCUAUCCUGAGGAAAAACGUUCCCACCCCAUAGAAGUCAAGAUGGGAAAUCUGCUAGACAAAUCUCCAAGUUUUGGGAGUUGCGCAUGACAAGUCCUCUGCCUCUGCGUUGUAGUGCUGGAGGUUAGCAAGGGAAGCUGCAUGCGAAAGCCAUUUCCUCAUCCUGUUUACAGCAUUACAAAUUCCAAAACACGACUGGAAAUGCCUCUCGUCAUGGAGCUGCGCAUUACAAACGUUCCUGUCAUUGCGCAUCUGCAUGACAACGCUGGGGAGGUGGGGACGUUUUUAGACAGGAUAGAUGCCCGGUGUGCUGACACCGUGGUUCGGACAAAGAAUCUGAACAAGAUUCACGACGCAGCGAGGAGGAUGGCAGCUGCGGGGUGGACAACGAAAGAACGUCGCACCGGUACUGGACGAAAAACCUCUUCGUCCAAGGAUCUUCUACUUCCUGAGUUCCGACUGAAGGACAGUUGCUUGCCGCGUCACAUCAACCAGGCGCUGGUGAACUUGCUAUCGACCAUCACUUUUCCGGUUUCUCCCGUCGCAUUAUGGGAGCUCCUCCACGUUGCCAUCGACCUGGUGCAUGACAUGGAGCACUAUUGGCUGCCGCCCUUUCAUAUCAAAUGUAAAAAUGUCUGGGUCUGGAAGAAUGCAACUUGUGAUGCAAUUUUUGGAAUCCAAAAAAAUCUGUAUUGCAUGAGCAACAAGAGGCGUCCAGGUUUUGCUCCGCGGAGAGUGGAUUUCUCAUGCGGGAUAGGCAUCAAGAUGCCCGCAAAAAAUUUGUGAUGCUGGUGCAUACAUCACAGACAUCACGGGUCAUGCAAAAUGUGCAUGACUAAACUUGCAAUCUUCCAGACCCAGACAUUUUUACAUUUGAUAUUUCAGAUCAUGGAGAUUUUGCAAUCUACAACUUCUUCUGACGCGGAGGGUAAUAAAGACGAGCAGGGACGAAAUAGCGGAAAUGCAGCGCAGGGGAGUAAUGAUGCUGGAAGCAGUUCUAGAAGUCCUCGUGGUGAACAAAAGAAAUCGACAGCGACUGGGCGCUCGGAUGCGUACGAGACGGUAAGUGAUAAUUGUGUGCGUGAUAGUGUUUUUGCUUUAGCCUUUGAUAUAGGGCGAGAGACGUGCAAUUUCCUUUUCAAUAAAGUGUAGCAGUGCAAAUGCAAAACUCGACGAUUACAAAAGAAAACCAAACAUACAACCAGCUCUGGACUCUGGAGGAGAUGUAUUGGAUUCGUUUUCGCACGGCUUUGAUCCGUGUCGCCAUGCACGCAAGGGCGGGAGACGAGGUGCGCGGGAUUGGUAGACUGUGCUGGAACAUGGUUGCGGGGAAAAAUGGCGAGACCGUCGCGAAGCCCGAGAUUGAGCUGCUGUCGACGGCGGAGGAGGUGGAGAGAGCGAUGCAAGGAAGUACUAGAAUUGGUUCUGAUACGACGAAAAAAGCGGGCGCCCCCGAAGGACAAGUUCGAGAACAACCUAAAUAUUCCGACGUCGACGAGGAGGAAGACGACGAAUUUCGCACGAUCACGCUGAAGAACGCGGAGAUCAACAGCAAAUCGUGCGCGAAGCCGGGGAAUUUACUCGGUACGAUCGUCGGCGUGAUGGAGAAGAACAAGGAAGAUGCCAUUACCGGCGCUCUGCUGGAUGAGAAGGAGCUGUUCUUCGACGUUGCUUGGCAUGAUGUGAAGUUCAACGAAAGUCCUUCCAUGUCUGUGAAAGCGGAAAGUUUAGUCCUAAACCCCUUUUCCAGUCACGGAGCAGGCCCGCGGGAGCGGCCGGGGUUGGGAUCUGUGAAGGACGCUCUGAAGCUGAUGAAAAAAGAGAAGUACGACAUGGAGGCGCACCCGAAUUCGGAAAUCAGCGACAAAGUGCGGCUCUUUGCCGACGCGGAGCGAGCUUCGGAUCGAGUGGGGAUGUUUGACGACCCCGUAAUUUUGGUGGCAAAAAGCGGGAUGCCCUGGCAGCCGGAGUUUUUUUGAAUCGUUGAAAAAUAUUAACGGCGCACAAUGUUACUAACGCAGCUACUGACAAUUUUUCGUUUUCGAGUUGCUGUGCCGUGAAUCUGAGCUCGAUUUUGGUUUUAUGAAUGUAUCAUGCCAAUAGAACGAAGUACAAACAACGGGCUUAUAUAUCGUGGUCCCGUAUUGAUUGACUCUAUUCGUACCUUUUGGUCAUUUCGAGAAUACAGAUCAGUUUUAGUUUUCUGACGACAGAAAAGUUAUGAUGUACUCUGACCGAAGCAAGAACAUAUGUGCAACUUGUACUUGUUGACUUGUUGAUCAUAUUUGCGCUGAGCUCUCACUUACUUCCACUUGAGAACACAGCAAAACGCAUUUUUCUGAAAUAUUUCUGAGCAUCAGCGACAGACAAUUUUGACUUUUGGUUUUGUGUACACAUGAUAUCCUCAUGUUUCCUUCCUGAACUUCUACUCGCGCCAAUACUAAGUAAAUCAUCAUGUGGGUGCGUCGCUUGUCUGCAGCAUCAUACGAACGCGAAAAGGAUUUUUUGUUGAUGUUGUCGAAAUGCACCCGAAGUCAGCUGUUGAAG